CCAAUGCCCCCACCUGCUGCUAUGCCUGUCAGACAAAGGCAGAUAUCAACGGACUCCAAAGACUCCACGAAGAAAAAGCACGCCAUCUUCUCUAUGUUCCGGACCAAGUCUGGGUCGAAACAGUAUGAAAAUCCUGCUCCUUCCCCACCAGCAAGGACGUCCACCGAUCAGCAGCGUUCUCAUACUGACCCACCGGCGGCUGUCUCUUCGUCUCAGAGACCGGCCAAGGACCUCAAGGAACGCCCACAUACCCAGCAGGCUGCCGCUCCAACUACCUCCUCACAUGCAAAUGGUGGCGCUUUACAUGCUCAGCCAAGGUCGAAGAGCAGAUCUCCGAAUCCUGUCACUGCUCCACCCGUGAAGCCUAGUACGCGGGACCGCAAGGAAUCCGGGUCCAAUUUGCUUACGCCGUUCAAAUUCCUUACGAUGAAUUCGAAAAGGAACAGGACGAUGUCAGCCGCAUCUCUGGACGUGUGUGACGGGAACACUGCGACUAACACGGUCGUGGGAUCUCCCGCCCAAUCGACCGUCAGUCACGCGCCCUUCCCGCCUAUUGCACCACCACCAGUGCGUGACCCUAUGAUCGCGACGACAGAAUGGCGGGACAGGGAGGAAGCGGAGAGACGCGAGCAGAAGCGUGGCAAGGUUCUCCGACCAGGCGUCACCUUUGACGUCGCUGAGGAUCCGCCGCCCACGGGCUCAUCUAGUAAGAGGGGUACGAAGCUCGUCCGUCGCAAGUCUGGACGCACUGGAACGCGUGAGCGUUGA